AUGACAAAGAAAAUUGACGAAGCGCAGCGCAUCAACGAUUGGAUCGCGACGUCAAAAGGUGAGCAACAAAAGGUCGCGUGUAUGCGAGAAUCCCAUCGCGAUUCCACACUAACGUUGGCCCCAUCGCUGCGUACGUCCUUACAGAGUACGAGAGUCUCCUACGAGCUGUCGAUAGGCUGCGCAACGUCAACGAAACCAUUCCGCCUGCUUUUAUCAAGUGCAUUGCCGGUCUGGAAAAGGCCAUCGUGGAUGCGGUCGCUAAAGAAAAGACGGCGACCAAGAAGAUGAAGGCGCCAAACGCCAAGGCCAUGAACGGCAUGAAGCAAAAGGUCAAGAAGGCGGUUGUGGAGCACUCGGAUGCUGUGCAAAAGUACAACGAGGUGCGUGAGGUUUUAAACUUGGAAAGCCGGUCGGAGCGCUCACGAGGAUUUCUUGUCGCCGUAGGAUCCCGAAGCUUUCCUGA